UAAAAUUCUUCCGUCGUCUCUCUCAAUUUCUCCCUCUCUAAUCCCUUCCUUCUUCUCAAUUUCCGACGAAACUCGCCAAUUUACAAUCACUACCGACGUCUCAGCUCCCGUUUCCACCUUUUUCGCCCGUGCCAGCACGUCAGCUCCCCGCCGCUGCCUUGGUGGAGUUGUGCUCGCUGCCCUCUUCCAACAUCAAGAGGCCCUAAUCCUAUCUGUUCAUCAGUGUCAUGGAGCACGGUUCGUACCAGGAUCAGUCGCAAGCAACAUUCACAUUUACAGACGAGGACCAUACUCUAGCAAACUCAAUUAGAUAUAUUCUUAAUCAAGACCCCAGAGUAUCAUUUGUUGGAUACAGCAUACCACACCCUUCUGAUGCUCGGGUGAACAUAAGAGUGCAGACUACUGGUGACCCAGCACGCGAGGUGUUGAAAGAUUCGUGUGAGGAUCUAAUGCAUCUAUGCAAGCAUGUUACGAACACCUUUGAUCAGGCUGUUGCGGAGUUCAAGAGUAGGCCAAAAAAGACAGUCACAGAAUCCAUGGAUAUUGACCCUAAUAACAUAUAGUGACCUUUUAAGCCAUAUUUUUGCGUGGAAGAAUAGAAGAUGUUAUUAUAUUAAUGAUGGAUGUUUUUAUUUAUGUUGUUUUUCAGUUGCUACCUUUUGUGAUUAUUUCGAACUCUUCAAGUUAGGAGGUGGUUAUUUUUUGGCAAACAGAUUUUAAUUGAUCCAGUAUUUUAUAACCA